AAUCCUGCUGCCCAUUAAUACGACUUGUGAAUCUCAACCGGUAGAUGCCCUGUCCCACGCCAUAACGAUGGAAGACUUCGAAGAGCUGGAGUUGCAGCCUUUAGUGGCCAAGGUCGUCAGCGAGCUACAAGGCCACCUCGGCGACAUGGCGUACGAUCGAAUUUCUUCUCUCGCCAAGAUCCUCAUUGCACAACGCGUAGCCAGCAAGAACUCCGACGAAUUCAGCAACAGGUUGAAAGAUCUCCGCGAGUUCCCCGGCCCGCUGGUUGACAGAAUCGAUGACCACGUUGUCGCGUUGCAUCCGCGUUACAACAAAAAGACACUCCGGAUCAAGGGCACCCAGGAAGAAUCUCUGCAGGAGAAACGUCGGCGGGAAAAGAGGGAAAAGAAACGCAAAGAUGGCCGAGCCGGUGGGACUGGAGAAGAAGAAGCGACCAUAGGAGGCGAUCCACCACCGAGACCUUCUGAGACGAAACGACGUCCCCGUAUCGAAGAGAACGAGGGUGAAGACAAGGACGAAUACAACAACGCGAAGCGGCGACGGCGCGAACAACAGAAAGAUACCCAGAAGCAAAAACCAGCGAGCAAAAAGACGGAUGAUAAACCGAUGCUCUACAAGGUAUACGAUGGACACAUCACAGGGGUUAAAGAUUUUGGCGCAUUCGUCAACCUGGAUGGCGUGAAACAGUGUCGCGACGGCCUGGUUCACGUCUCAGCCCUCGUCGAAGACUUAGGGGCUCAGAAGCCUUCCGACUUGUUUUCGAAGGGGCAACAGGUCAAGGUCAAGGUUAUCAAAAUAGAAGGGCGCCGUAUUGCUCUCAGUAUGAAGGAUGUGGACCAACAGACUGGUUUUGAUCUAGCUAUGAAGGCCAAGAGUGCUUGAUUCGGAAGAACAUGGAAACCAAGUCCUCUACGGCCGUGAUACAAACCCAACAACCAGUUUGUUCUGUUUCGCUGCCAUGCUACCCCCUUUGCCGAUUAGCUCGGGGUGCUCU